GUGUGUGUUUGUGUGUGUGUGUACACAACACGAGAAAGAGUGAGCUCUUAUUAUUUAUCCAGGAGCAGCACACACACACGAGCGCCACUGUGAUCUCCGUGUGCCUCAAGUUUGCUCCCCUGAGCUCUACCCGAGCACUUACACGUGUGUAGCCAGACAAAGAGAGUUGAUGUUCGUUUUUUUGUCCAUGUGGGAAAUGUGGAUGAGGUCAGAGCGCUCUGGGAAGUGAGGAGGCUUGUGUUUGGAGAGAGAUGUAUCCGCCGCGCGCGCAUCUGUCGUACACUUGAUCUGACACACAAAAGAAGAAGUGCUCUGAGCCGCUUAACUUACCUGUGUGAACACACCGUGGACACACACACACACACACACACCGUAGCCGCAUGGGGUUUGUGAAGAAAUAACGGCUUCACGGACAGCUGCUGUAGUUAGGCCUCUCCGCUAAACUCACUCUCACCGGACACGGUCUCUCAUCCACCAGGAGAAAUGGGUCUAAUUUUCGCCAAACUAUGGAGUUUCUUUUGUAAUCAAGAACACAAAGUGAUUAUUGUGGGGCUGGACAAUGCUGGGAAAACCACUAUACUUUAUCAGUUUUUAAUGAAUGAGGUGGUGCACACGUCUCCUACAAUUGGCAGCAAUGUGGAGGAAAUAGUGGUGAAGAAAACCCACUUUCUGAUGUGGGAUAUUGGUGGUCAGGAGAGUCUCCGCUCCUCUUGGAACACAUACUACUCCAACACUGAGUUCAUCAUACUGGUAGUGGACAGUACUGACAGAGAAAGACUAGCCAUUUCUAAAGAAGAGCUCUACAAGAUGCUAGCACACGAGGAUCUGCGCAAAGCUGCAGUGUUGAUCUUUGCAAACAAGCAGGACAUGAAGGGUUGUAUGUCUGCAGCAGAGAUUUCCAAAUACCUGACCCUCAGCUCCAUCAAGGAUCAUCCCUGGCACAUCCAGUCCUGCUGUGCGCUCACUGGAGAAGGGCUCUGUCAAGGUUUAGAGUGGAUGACCUCGAGGGCUGGGCUCAGAUAGCCUCUGAUUCUACUUGUUGGACUGAUUGACAGUGAUUCCCACCUGCUCCGGUGGCAUCGCAGGCUCAUCCCAUUGGCUGCUUAUGUUUUAAUUUUAAUCUCUUUAUCAGAAUUGCCACUCUGCAGCUGAACUCUCUGGACAUCUACCUCAGCUGGGAUUUAUCAGUUAUGUGAAUCUGAUUGGACAUUCUUGUUGAUCAGUACUAUAUCACAAACGACUGGAUUUUUGUACUGGGUUUAUAACAGAAGAUCUUCAAAGUCUAAAGUAUUUGAACUGUAAGAGAGGCACUACAGUACUGGUAUGUGUUUGUGAGGAGGGACUGUGUCUUUAACACUCUGGCAGUGGAACAGAUGUUCUCCAGAUUAAGUAUAUUAAGCUAAUUGUGUAUGUUGUUCUUUAUAUGUGCUGGGAAGAAAUGAUUUGAAUGGUCAAAAUGUUACUUUUUCACAUGAGGAAUCUUUGGGUCAGUUAUUGUCAUUGUUUGUUUUUGGUUAAGCUUUUUGGGUAUCAAGUGUUUUAA